AUGCCACGAAAGCCAACUCAGCCAGACCAUCGAAUUUGUGAACAAUAUUUCACAAAAACAACUCGUCAAGACUGUAGUGGUCGUAUUACUGUAAGUCUGCCAUUUAAAGAUUACGCGAUUCGUCUCGGAGAUCCCUUCGAUAUCGCUCGUCGGCGAUUCCUCGCUCUUGAGAGACGCCUUCUACGUUCGCCCGAAAUUCGUCCGCAGUACAUUGCUUUCAUGGAAGAGUACGAAGGUAUUGGCCACAUGUCAGUAGUAGCACAACCCAACUUAAAGGAACCAUACUAUUACAUGCCACAUCAUUGCGUGCUUAAACCUCACAGCACAUCAACUAAACUACUAGUAGCGUUUGAUUUCUCGUGCCGCACCUCAACACAAACAUCAUUGAACGACAUUUUGUUAGUGGGGCCCACAGUCCAACAAGAAUUAUACAUGCUUCUAAUACGCUUUCGUCUCUAUCCUUUCGCCAUCACAGCGAAUAUCACUAAAAUGUACAGGCAAGUACUCAUAGAAAAUAAUUUAUGA